AGUUUCUUUUUUUGUUUUGGGAUUAAUUUUACAAUGCAUAAAUAUUUCCUGUGGACACCAGCUUAAUUUGGAUCAAACUCCUUAAAUUAAGUAAUCAUUUUACUUCAUGAAAAUGGGUAUAUUCUGGAAAUAAUUAAGCUCCAGUAUGUGAUAAACAAAUUUAACUUGGAAAAAGUUGAAAUUCCAAACAUAUCAGUGUGCAUUUUUCAGUGGAAAUGGAACUUCUUAUAAUUUUUUAAGUGAAUGGAAGAGGCUUCAAACAGAUACAAAAAUCUUUGAUUAACUUUUUCUCUGUUAAAAAUCUUUGAAAAAGGGUAUAUUCUGGAAAUAAUUUAGUUCCAAUAUGGGUAUUUUCUCUUGGAAUAAUAUUUUCCCUGUUUCAAGAAGAUCAAGAGUCAAGUCAAGUACUGGACUGUUCAUUUCUUCUCCCUUAAGAACUCUUGCCUUAAUAAAGAAGUUGCUAAAGAUAACGGGCCACACAUGUACGGAUACGGCUUUCAACUUACUUAAAACUUCUCUUCUACUUCAUUUUCUCCACUCUCUGUUCUCUGAAUCCUUCAUUGAACUCCUCUCCAGCAACAGUAGCUCGGUGAUCACCAGGUUGUAUCCAGUAUUUGAACAAAGCAAGAUUUGAAAGCAUAUACUCAAUGACUAAGGAAAAAGCAAAAGCAAUUAGCUUGAAGGCCUUGGUGGAUAAAGAGAACAACAGAGUUAUAUUUGCGGAAUCAGAUGAAGACUUUACGGAUGUUCUCUUUAGUUUCUUGACAAUGCCCAUGGGAACAAUCAUCAGGCUUAUUUCUAAUCAUAAUCAGCCACCAACAGUGGGGAUAGGUUGCAUGAACAAUUUGUAUGAAAGCAUUAAGAACCUUGACAUGCAGCGUUUCCGGAGUGAAGCAUGCAAGACCAUGUUGCUAUGUCCCAGAAAUGGCGCUGCACCUCAGAACAAGAGACUAAAAUUGCAAAUUGAUGAUGGUGAGCUGCCAACGUACUUCUUGUGCCCAUGGACUAAGGAUUUUUCCUCUUCUGGGCACAAGUUAUUGAGUCUCUACCCUAAUGCUGUUUGCGAAUGUGGACAGCUCAUGGAUUGGAAGAUCAAGUUGUCAGAGAUGACUGUACCAAAGUUUGUUUUUGAUGCCCGAGAUAGAGGAGUGUUUGUUAAAGGACUGACCCAAUUUAUAAUAACUGAUGAAUUACAAGUAAAGCCCUCAUCACUAGAAGCAAGCCUUUCUGUAGCGUCCAAGCUAGGACUCAUGGACUGUAGCUCCAUUGAGGAGUACAACAUCGACAUAGGAGUAGAUGAGGUUCUCACUUUGCUCAAGUGCUCACUGGUGUCAAAGAAACCUUUGACAGAAACUUUGUUGAAACAAAAUUCAGCACCAAAGUUCGGCAAAGAAAAUUUUGAUCAGAACAUCUAUGUUGAAUCUACGGUAGAAGAACUAGGAUCAAAUGUGGAUGGGAUGAUUCAUGUAAAGCUUGUCAUCAGCAAAUCCAAGAAAAUGGUUUGUUAUGCCGAAGCAAGUGAAGAAUUUGUUGAUUUAGUCUCCAGUUUCCUAACUGUUCCACUUGGUUAUAUAAUAAAAGAAAUGCAGAAUAGCAUUUCAAAAGGAUCCUUAACUCACCUGUACAAUAGUGUUCAGGAACUAGAUGCCGAGAAAUACUUGAAAUCUAAUGAGCACAAGGAAAUGCUCAUAAGUCCAAAGCUAGCCCCUGAUUUUAGCUAUGAGAACCAUCUGUUAGGCAUUGAAGAAGGUUUGCACCCAACAUACUUUUUUUCAGAUUAUAAUCAUUAUACACUGACUUCUGAUGGUCAAGUUCCUUCUGUUUGGAGAAGUUCAAUUUUAACUGUCAAGGAUCCUAAGUCUCAUCUUAAAGAAGCCACAAGAGGAGGAUUUGUGACCGGACCAACAAUGUUUACCGUAACUGACAAUCUGAUCAUCACACCCAUAUCUCAAGUCCAAAGUCUGUCUCUUCUGAACAAAUUGAAAGUACCUUUCAGCGAUAUUGAGGAGCGUAUUGUGCAUGUGGGCAGUCAGGAGGCUUUGCGUCUAUUGGUGGCUUCUUUUGUAUCGGAAUCUUCUCUGACCAAUGCCUUUCUAAGAGAACCAAAUCCAGUACAGUCAGGAUAAUUUUUUUUCUACUAACAUACGGAAUGUUGUUCAUGUGAAACUUUUUUAUAUAUUUUGUUAAAAUUUGUGUAUGUACUCUGGCAUGCUUUUAGACCAAAGGGUAUUGCAUAUAAGUAUGUUACUACAAAGGAUUUGCCUUGUAUUUGCAAGUUUGAGUUU